AUGAAGUUGGAUGAAAACGCUCAGCUUGAUACAGUGGUGUCGGUGACAAACAAGCCCGAUCCGGAAGGGAGAACCAUUCUCACGCCUUUGGCUAAGCACCGAAUCUCCGCGUCACAGGCGAGAGGCAUCCGUCGUGGAGCAGAAGAGUUCUUGAAGCCUCGAAAGACUUGGGACACUGCAUUGAUGGCAGCGGAAAGCGAACCUGAUCCUAAAGAACAGCUAUCUUAUUUUCCAUUGGCCGGUGUUCCAGCGACUAGCGAUGGAUAUACGGGAUGGCCAGUGCAUUCCCCCUUCGCCAAUACAGCUCCCAUUCAGGACGAAGCGCCACAUCCGGUGGAAUUGCCAGGAGGCGUCAGUGACGUUGCAGUCAAAUACUUUUCAUUUGUGUGCACAUUCGAUGAAUGGAGCGGUUGGUUCGUGGAAGAUUUCCUUCCCGCAGCACCGACUACAUUGUGCUGGCCGAGGCGAGAAGUCGACCAGGAGGAGCGUUGA